AUGGAUGUGAGGUGGAACUCCACCUACCUUAUGCUGGAAACAUUGUUACCUCAUAGGAGUACUUUUAGUACUUCCAUUGAGGCAGAUUAUCCUAGACCAACUGGUUCUCCUUUCUGGUUCACUGAUGAUCACUCGGAAAUGGCUGAGAAGAUGUUAAAAUUUCUUGAACUAUUUUAUGAGUCUACUGUUGAUUUGUCUGGUGUGUACUAUCCUACUUCUCCACUGAUUAUUCAUCAUAUUGUUAAGAUUGCUAUUCACCUGCAUCAAUAUCAACAUGAUGAACACCUAAGAGUUGUUGUCCAGUCUAUGAUUGACAAAUAUAAUAAAUACUGGAAGAACAUUCGUGAUCUUUACUCCAUUGCAUUCAUACUUGAUACUAGAGCUAAGAUCAAGGGCUUUACCAAAGUGCUGAGAAAGUUGAACUCUCUUUCUAAUGUUGAUUACACUAACAAGUUGUUGGACACAAGAGCUCUUCUUUUCAAAAUAUACAACAAGUACGACACAAUGCAUGGCUCUGUUAGGCUCAGAAGGGCUGUUCCUGCAUCCCAUUCUGGUAAGAAAAGAACAACUUGGACUGACAUUUAUGAUGAUGAUGAGCUUGACAUUGGAGCUAGCAGUGCUUCCCUCCCACCUAAUCUUGAUCUGUCCAGGAAUGUGUCUGCCACUUCUUUGCUGCAGGCAGCUUGUGCUACUAGCUCUAAAUCUACCUUUAGCACUACUAGUAGAAUCAUCGAGGAGCGUCGCCGGCGGCUGAACCCUAAGACUGUUGAGGCACUGACCUGCAUCAAGGACUGGGAAAAUGCUGAAUCAAGACUGCAGCACAUGGUGGAGGACAAGGAGCUGGAAAAGGCCUUUGAAGCACUUUGUCUUGAUGUUGAUUAA